CUAGUCAGGGCUCAUCCAUUGGGAGGUUCGCAUCGCGGUCGACGCACAAUCGAACUACAAUUUUUUAUAAGGGAGCCUCACUAGGAAAGGAGCAACAACGGAAGAUAACGAGAGUAGGAAAGGAUCGUGAAUAACUAAAGUGUAAAACAUUGACACAAAGCGAAGGAUCGCUGAUUGUGCGUUUUCAAAAAGUUCAUUUAAAAGUUGGUUUCCCAGUGCUGAAUGAUAAAAACUGAACUAUUCCGGGAGAGUGAAAAUUGCAUGAAGAAACGAGCUCUUCGGUGCUAAUGUCAUGCAGAGACCCAGAUGACGUAAACAUUGGCUAGAACAGUGAUUUAUUUAAAAAGUUUGUAAUUUUGAAAGACUCAGGGGUCGAAAAAGGGAACAAAUAUAUUAAACAAAAAAUAAAAACAAAAUACCAGGAGAUCGACUCCAUCAUUAAGGUAACUGACCUUGCGCAACGGCUGCCGGUGCUGCUGCUGCUGCUGCUGCUGCAAGAGUACAACGAGAUCUCGUUGGUGGUGGUGAAGUCAUUUCCCACACCACAAACUGUCUCUUCGUCUUUAUAAUCCCUAGAGAUAAAGACCAAAAUUUACGUCACUCGCCAGAAAGAGGAAAAGCUCUAGUCGCUCGAGCAACAUUCGUUAAUAACAUAUCGAAAGAUCCUAAUUCGUAGAGAAGCUAGUCCGAAAAUAGUCCUCCAUUUUCGAGGCCCCCAGAUUGAGUCUCGGUUGUCGUUUGAAUUGGUAAUUCUACUUGGACCUGUGAAAUACGGUUGUAGGUUGUAGCGUGAAACCGUGACGUCAGUAAGAUUGCAAAAGAGCUCGUACCCUGGUUUAUAGGAGUCCGGUUGCGGGUGUCUGUUGUCGGAAAACACAAUCGUUCGCUACCGAAAGAUUGCUCGAGAAGGGUUCGCCAGUAACGCAGGUUCGAGAGCUGAAAGGGUCCGUAAACUAUUCCAUUAAGUCGUAAACCGACGAAUAAAGAUAUUUCGAAGGGCGCGAGAGUAAGAGUGGGUAAAAAUAAUCGAUAAAACGGAAAAAAAGCACAGAAAAUAAAGAGGAAUCCAUAAAAAUCGAUACCACGAUCGAGUCAAUAGGGUCUUGGAGGGCCGUGAGGCUAAUACGUAGGUGGUUAGAGGUGAGAGGCGGUGAUUGGUCGGUUCGGACGAAUUUACCGAAACAUCCCCAAAACGGCAACCCGUCGUCGUCGUGGUGCUGCCGGGGCCCCGCCGUACGCCGCGAGAGAUCGCGAGAGAGGAUCUCACGAUCCUCAUCCGGUCGCCCCAGUGAAAUGGAGGAGAAGUCCUCGGCGCGCUUCUCCGAGUAUCUCUUCGCGAAGAUGGGCGGGCAGGACGUCUCGGCAUCGCAGGGUCCCCGCAAGGUGACGGCUGACACAACCAAGUGGAUGCGCGACAAUUUAUUACUCAUGGUCACUCUCUCCGGAGUACUUCUUGGAGUAAUACUCGGAUUUGGCCUGCGUCCCUUGGCACUUGGCGAUGAUGCGGUCAUGCUCAUCAGUUAUCCAGGCGAACUUUUCAUGCGGUUGCUCAAGUUGAUGAUUCUACCGUUGGUUAUUGCGAGCCUCAUAUCCGGAUCGGCGAGCUUGAACGCGCGCAUGAACGGCAAAAUAGCGGUCCGUACACUCCUGUACUUCAUACUGACGUCGUUGCUGAAUGCUAUCCUUGGUGUGAGUUUGGCCCUGCUGAUACAUCCGGGUAAUUCCGGUUUGAGGGAGCCGACGGGAACAUCGACGCAUGCAAGGGCGGUCAAUAUAUUGGAUAGUUUAUUGGAUCUCGGAAGGAACAUGUUCCCGGACAAUCUUUUCCAGGCUGCGUUUCAACAGGCCCAUACGGUAUACGUACCGAAAAAAACACCAUUCCAAAACGACAGUGAAAAAGUUUCAAACACCGAGGGUCUCGGCGAUAAUGAACUCAUCAGGGUUAUACAGUAUAGAAGCGGUACGAAUACACUCGGCAUCGUUUUCUUCUGUCUCGUAUUUGGAACUUUUUUGGGCACUCUCGGUGAGAAAAAGGGUCAAGUCGUUAUAGACUUUUUCAAAGCCGUUUUCGAGGUCAUCAUGAGGAUGGUGUCCAUGGUCAUGUGGAUGACGCCCGUUGGCAUAACAUCGGUCAUUGCGGGAAAAAUACUCGGCGUGGACGAUCUGGCCCUGGUGAUGUCGCAGCUCGCCUGGUUCAUCGUGACGGUCGUUGUCGGUGUGUUCUUCUACCAGUUGGUGAUAAUGCAACUGAUAUACCUGGCGAUCGUGAGAAAAAAUCCGUUUAAAUUCUACGCUGGCUUGGCACAAGGAACUCUUACAGCAUUCGCCAUGGCAUCAACGGCCGCCGCACUUCCUGUGACCUUUCGACUGAUGACGGAUAAGCUAAGGGUCGAUCCAAGGGUGACGAGGUUCGUCCUACCAAUCGGUUGCAACAUUAAUAUGGACGGUACUGCAUUGUUCGUGGCAACAGCAAGUAUUUUCAUCGCCCAGAUGAAUGGAAUAUUUCUCGGCUUCGGGGAGAUCGUAACUGUUAUUUUGACUUCAACUGCUGCGAGUGUCUCGUCCGCAUCGGUACCCAGUGCUGCCCUUGUUCUACUCCUCGUUGUUCUUAGUGCCAUUGAUGCUCCCGUUCAAGAUGUUUCUCUUCUAUUUGCCAUUGAUUGGUUUGUGGAUCGUGUGAGAACUACCAAUAAUAUGUUGGGUGAUUGUUACGCCGCUGCUGUUGUCGAGCAUUUAUCGAAAAAAGAACUCAUGGCAUUGGAUGCUGCUGCUUACCAAUCGGAAACGGUGCUACCGACUACGAUUGCAAAUGGUUGUAUAUCAGCCAAUCGUGUACCAGAUCCUGACACAGUCGUCGUGGAGAUGCAGGAUGACUCGAGGAUAGCGGGGAUCGCCAAGUAAACAAGCUUGUUGCCCCAGUGUAGCGACAGAUCAUUCAAUGAAUGCGGUAACCGAAGAGACCGUUUGACUAACGGGCUACAAGCCUAUUGCACCAAGAAAGCAAGGUCGAGAACAAUCGAGACCAAUAUGAGAUUCUCGAGCAAAACAUAAGAUAUACAUUUGAAUAUUCAAAAAAGGAAUGGGAAUAAAUCGUCAACUGUAAUGACGUAAUGUUCACGGAAAAUAAGGGUAUUGGAAAAUGGAUGUCGUUCAAAAACAUCCUGUUCGCAUUUCUUCUUGUCAGAGAAAAAAAAAAAUAAAAAAAAAACAAAUCGUCGACAUGUAACAAUAAUUAUUUAUCAGGGUCAAUAAUUCAGCCUCCAAUGUUACGACUUUGAGGACAUCUCAAUUCCACACUCUUUUAUUAUACGAUAUGCUAUUUUUCACGAAAAACAACCAUGCAAUACAUAAACGUUCAUUAUUCGGUGCUCGCAGAAGGAUCACUUGGACCCUUGACCCAUUGAAACGUUGUUGUCCCCCUGAAUGUCGUUUUUGACUCGUUAUAUCUCUUCUUUAUUAUUCGUACAGAUUUUUUCAAACGAAAAAUACUAAUCGUCUCAAUGCUUUGAGGACGUCAAUUUUUAUAAAGGAAAAACAUUGUUAUCUUUUCGAUUGAUUUUACACGGGAGCAAUUCGAUGAAAGCAUUCAUAUCAGGAAUGUUUUGAUUAAACAUUUUUCGGUUUAUUUUCAAACACUCCGCUCGCUUACGAUUGUUUCGAGUCUUUAAAAAUAUUGCAAUAAUAAUAAAAAAAAAAACACAUUUUUUUAAAUAUCAUUGUUUUAAAACAGUUGAAUUUAUUAUAUCCGAGCUACUAAACCAAUUUUACGUAAACUCGGAAUCCAAGAAAUGUCUCACCUCCAAACAAUACAAGUUGAAAAAUUUUGAUGAAGUCGAGCCAAUUAUGAUGCCAAUUAUUCUUUUCAAAAUUUCAUUUUUCUUCAAGUUGGGUUUCGGUUUCCAUUCAAUUGUGGGCUUGUUCUUUACAGCCGAAGAAUCAACUGCAUACAAAAUCGAAAAUAAAAACACAACGACUAUUCGAAUUUUAGAUUAUAAUUGAAAUAGCCAUGUUUAUAAAACAUUCUAAAAAAAUUUUCCGACGAUUUUGGUCACUGGCCAGCCUAAAAAUUUUGUGAAAUCAUCAAUUGUGAAAAAAACUGAUGGUCAAAAUGAAUGCUUACGAGUGCGUUCGUUCAUAUCAAUUGAAGGGUGAUUCGAAUUAAGAACUUUUUGGCGGCUCGGUCGUAUCAGUGAUUGACCCAUGGCAGAGAUGCUGGCCCAAAUUAAGAGGAACAAAGUUCACGGAAUCCGGCUGGCUUUUAAGCCCGAAUAUAUUCCUAAGAAAUUCCAACACCCAGAGCCGAGUGUAAAAUGGAAAUUUCCUCACUAUUGAAUCGGGUAUUCCCACUUCAGAAUCAGAAGUGACGCCAUCCCAAUUUCGGUUUCAGCGUUUCAGAGUCGAGGUCAAUUUUUUCUUCCACCCUUUUAUUCUUUCAAACUUAGUUCACGGGUAUUGACAUCAAAAAUUGGGCGUUGAAUUCUCUUUGCCUCUAUUUCUGGGCUCAAUACUGAAGAGUAUCGACGCUCAAGUAAUUUGCCAUUUGAUAAGUACCAUAAAAAAAGCUUUUUUAUGGUACUUCAACCAUCGCGUUUGUCUAAAAAUUCGGCCAUAUAUAAAUUUUUGAAAUACCUUGAGGGAUAGCCUGCAGGACUAUGCCCAUGGAGAGUACAGGACCUAAAGCAAAUGGAUUUCUUCUUCGGUACUCAUUGAUCGAAUGUGCAAUGAGUACUAGAUGUGAAACUUUGACAUGGGAAAUUGUGCGACGUCACUUCUGGUUUUGAGAUGACUGUCGAUACCCGAUUUUUUUAGUAUUAGAAUUUCCAUUUAACGUUCUUAUUUGAAGAGGCAAAAGUUUUCGGGGAUUGCAGCCGUCAGGGGUCCGAUGUAAAUAAAAGUAAAUUGAACGAAAGUAGUAUUCGAAAAACUCGAAACGCGGUGCUGUUAUGUAGAAAAAUAUGUAAACUCAUAUGGUCAUCGGAAGUACCUUAAUUGUCUUUAGGAUUUGCUUGGGACAGUGUAUCUGUUGAGGCGGGUCAGAGAAGCUCUUUCGACGUGUUAAAUAUCAUUUGUGUGUCAAGCAUCAUUAAAAAAUCAUAAAUUCGUAAUCACAUGUUUAAUUUGAAUAAAGUUCGAGGUCGAAAAUAGCCCUCAGAGCGAGUCAUUCCCGUAAACGAUUAUAAUGUCGACGAAAAUGGAAAAAAGUAAUUUUUCGCAAUUAUUCGGUUGCAACCAAAAUGAAAUCCAAAAGGAUCGAGAAAAACGAACGAACAAACAAGCUUCAAAUACACAUCGUGGUGCCUUAUUUCAAUGUACCAGAUCAGGUGCGAUGAAAGUAUGAGUUUAGUUAUGAGUUUGUUCGCGUGGUGCUUUUUUCAGUAGGUAGUUUAACAUCGCGGUUACGGAAAGUGAACAUUGAAUUUUCGAAAGAGAUUGAAUUUUUCUCUUCUCCGUUCUCGUUUCAUUUCGACAAACGUGUAGGGAUUUGAAGUCAUGGAAGCAGCUUGCAGAAUGUUAGAAAGUUCGACUUUGGAACGUUUCGUUCCUUUGCGCACGAGGACCGUAAGAUACCACGCGUGUAUAUUCUCAGAAGAGAAAUAAAUCAAAAAUUGGCGGUGCACUUUUCUUAGCACUCUCUAAAAAAUAUUCGGAAAGAGCUUUUGUUUUGUUAGCAAGCAUCCACGAUAAUUGGUUGAUGUGAGACGAUGUUAACGAGAUGAAGACGGAGAAUAAAUUAACUAGAUUGUGAAGACAAGCAAAAAUAAAACGAAUCUAUGUAGGAGCUUUCAACGGUAAAUGAGUAAAAUGAAAAUGAAACUACCUACGCAUUAAGCUGUAGAUGAUCGGAUCAUAAAACCAAUUAAAAUGUCCUCUCAAGGACCUUGUUUCAUAACGGAAUGAAUGAUACGAAAAUGUGUGUGGUGAUGGAAUGCAAUGAAAUUUUUUUUAUUCAUUUUCAAUUUCUCUAUCCAGUCCACCAUUUAUAUAAACAUUUUUGAAUAUGAAAAUAUUUUUUUCUCCCCAAAAAGCUAGAUCUGCAAAUCAAAAUUUGUAUCUGUUUGAUAACUAGAAAACAUUAAAACGAGAAAAAAAUCUUUCGUUGCAUUCUAACAGGAUAUUUCUGUGUGACGAAAAAAGUGUCAGAGGUCGAACAACAAAUGUUUCGAAGAGAGAAGAAAAAAGAAAUCUCAAUAACGUGUGUUAGUUUGGAUGUAUCAGAAGCCAAUUUGAAACCUCUGUAAAUGUGUCGUGAUGGCUUCUUCGGUCUCACUACUCGGUGGCUCACAUGUUUUCACUUUGCGAAUGAACGAGAAGAAGCUCGCUUUCUAGGUCUAUAUAAUUUUGAAAUAAUUUAAGAUUUUUUUGCGAUUGUAUAUGAAGUACGAGUGCAUAACUUGUGAUAGCAAGCCUGUGUGCAUGUGUGUAUACGAUUGUGAUGAGGAAUAAAUAUUGUGAAGAGGAAAAAGCCAUGUAAAAUAAUGUUUGUUGGUCUGCGUGGUGCACCCUUUCCAGAAAACAUUCCAUAUUGAGGUUUGCAUCGUUGGACAGUGUUACAAUAUUUAAUGUUCAUAUUUUGCUCAUCAUUUCUUCUCGGAUUCAAAUCAGUAAAAAUAGAAUAAUACUUGUUCGAAUUAAUCUGAAGUGCUCAUCUACCGAAACUACCAAAAAAAAAAUGUAACUUUUCAAAUUCGUAAACCAAAUAACAAUACGUAAUUUUUUCACGGUUUCAUUUGAUGAAUUCAAGAGUGCUCAGUAAUGUUCUUCAUGGUUUCUAUACAAAUUACUUUGCUAUGUUCGCUCGUUUACAGUCGUGAACGGUAUUUACUGAGACUUUCAAUCCUCACAGCCGUAUAUAUAGUGUGAGCGUAGUUUGAAAAUCUGAAAAAUUAUGAAAUUGAAUAAUAAGUAAAGAGAAUAAUCGUUAUCUUCCAACGAUGCUAGCUUCAGUGUCAACAAUAUAUCGAAGUGAGAAAAGAAAAAAAUCUCAAUAACAUGGGUUAGUUUGGAUGUAUUAAAACUCAAUUUGGAACUUCCGCAAAUAUAUGUUGUGAUGGCAACCGAACACACGCAGACAUGGUAUAAAUUUGAGGUUUUGUCUAGGGACUAUUCAAUUAGCGAAAAGUCAGUAUAUCCACGUAAAAAAAUAAACAUACUCCGAAAUUGUGGAAUUUUACACAAAAAAGUUUUACUUGUUUGAAGAAACCUUAAUCUACGCAAAAAGUGUAUACACAAACUACAAAAAAAAACAAACAAACAAACAAACGAAACGAACUUACCAAAAUUACAUACAACAUAUGUAUAUACGUGUACACACAACAGUAUGUAUACAAGAUAUAUUUUGUGAGCUGGUUCGAGAGAGAUCCUGAUUGUACGUCGAGGCUACGUGAAACAAGAAAGGAAAGACACCAGAAUAAAGAAAAGCUGUCGUUGGAAAAUUGAAAAAAGAAAGAAAAAAACAGUAACGGGUGACAAUGACAUACGAUAAAGUCUUAUAUUCACUAAACCUCUCUUCGUAGAGCAAAAGAAUCUUUUUUUCAGUUUGUCACCUCGUUCGAAAUGGAAGAACGUAUCUCAACAGUGAAAUCUCCCGAAAAGACAUUGUGAAAAUUAAAAAAUGAUUAAGAGAUGGACACGAGUAAAUAUUAAAUUCCGGUAUGCCGUAUUCAGAUGUAGUACUUUUACAGCGUUCAAUGAUCUAUCAAGAUUCCUCGGUAAGAGUGCGACAAUUAUACAUAUAUAAUAAUAGACACUUAAACACCAUAGGUUUAGGUGAGAAAAUUGUAAAUCGUAAAUAUACAUAUAUACAUAUACAUAUUUACAUAUAUACAAAUGUAGGUUGUCGAUUGUACAAAAACGAUUGUAGAAUUAGGGUAUCGAUCGAUUCGUAAAUAACAGAAAACAAAGAGAGAGAAAGCAGGGAGAGUGAGCGUGUGAAAGUGGAAAAAAGGGAGAAUCACAAAAUGCGAAAAAAAACUGAAAGUAUCUGUGGUGUUUAGAGGUCAUUGCGUACAGUCGAGUAAGAGCGAGGCAAUAAGCUGUCGUAAAAAUAUAUGUAACUGCAUCAAUAGAUUGUUGUUACGACAAGUCAUAUUUGUAACACGAAAGAACCACUGAAAAAAAAAAUUGCAGACAAUAAGAGCCUGAAAGUCGAGCAUAUCCUUCUUCAAUGAGAGAAAACAAUAGGAAGGAGCGUUUGUUAAACUUGGUAGGAAUCAGUAUUCACAGAAAUCCUAUCCUCUUUAUAUACAUGGCACUUCCAGGAAAGUAUGUAAAAAAACAGGAAAAAACAUUAGAAGUGCCAAUGUUCGUAGAAUCUUUAAUGUGUAUACUUCAACGUUUCGUACGCAAUGAUCUCGUGAUAUUUUAGCGUGAAGUCUCGCGCUGACAAUGACUCACACAUAUAAAUAUAUAAACACUCUUUGUGUAUCAUAUACGAGGUGCCACGAACCCAUUGUAAAAAAAAAUCACCACAGCGUUGUUUUUCCCAAGUUUUUCCAUCUCUUAUGUUGGACGUAAAUUUUAGUGUCUCGCAUAAGCACGCAACAUGUGCACUCGUUGUGUAAUACAAAUGUUGGAAGCAAAGACUAUUUGACCUUUCGUAAUUUCUGUUGGACAAACAUUCGGGUGCUAGAGCACAAGUCGAGGCUUGUCUCAGAAAUCCAGUAGUUUUAAGACGGUAUUAUAUAAUUGCUAAAAAAACUGACACCAAGAUCGUAUGAAUAGAUCUCGUGAUAAAAAAAAAAAUAACAACAACAACAACAACAAAACCGCGCUAUCUGUAUCAACAUACAUCUACAUGUUUAUGUACUCCAGACUCAUCAAGUUGUAUAUCAAUAUUCAGGUUUAUACACGAGAAUUCUAUGUCUUCUUCAUGUAUCAACCCUACCCACUUUCAGAAUCAGAUCAGAAUUCUGUCUCGGUCUUAUUUCUAAUUUGAUUUGCUUAUUGUAAUCAGUGAUUUUUUAUUUCGUGAAUUUUUACUUAUUUAACAUUCAUGAUAAAUUUCUGCAGCUCUUGAAAAAAUAUCAAAUUGUGACUACUACUUUUUGAGGCGUCUAAUGUGGGUUAUAUUUUGAAUGAUUAUUCUAUUUUUGAUAUAUUUUUAAAAUAACUCUUGAAGUUGUUGCAAAAAAAAUCUUUUGGAUGGAACCCCAUAACAUUUGUCAAUGAAUGUCAAAAUUUCGUUAAUGAAAGCUAAUGUAUCCUCCAAAUUGGAUGGAUCAAGCUCGUUGAUCGAGUCUUCUCUUUAAUUUUUUCACUCUUCUGAAAAGCUUUUUUGCAAUAUUUCAACAAAACCUGGCUAUCGAUCGGUUAAUUUCAAUUAUACCUGAGAUGAGCCAAUAAUGAAACUAUCCGUUUUGAGUGAGGAUCACUGUGUAAUACUUCCAAUAAUUUUCAUAGUUCUCAAUGUUAAUGAACGGUCAUUUUUAGUGUGUUUUCUUAUUUCUCUGUCUUCACAUUUCAUUAAAAUUGAUUUCGAUUGUGAA